AUGGCGGCGCUCAGGGCGGCGGUGCUGGUGCUGGUGGGGCUGCGCCUGGGCUGCGCGGUUGCCGCCGUCCCCCUGGUUAUCUGGCACGGCAUGGGAGACAGUUGCUGCAAUCCACAAAGCAUGGGCUACAUUAAGAAAAUAGUGGAGAAUAAAAUACCAGGGAUUUACGUUCUGUCUCUCAAGAUUGGAAGCAACCUGAUACAGGAUAUGGAGAACAGCUUCUUCAUGAAUGUGAACGAUCAAGUGAGAGAGGUGUGCAGCCAACUCGCAAAGGACCCUCACCUGAAAGGAGGCUACAACGCAAUGGGCUUCUCCCAGGGAGGCCAGUUCCUGAGGGCGGUGGCCCAGAGAUGUCCUUCUCCUCCCAUGCUCAAUUUGAUCUCCGUUGGGGGACAGCACCAAGGCGUGUAUGGCUUUCCACGCUGUCCUGGUGAGAGCUCCCAUAUCUGUGACUGGAUUCGAAAGACACUGGAUCUGGGCGCCUACACGCAAGCUGUUCAAGAGCACUUGGUACAAGCAGAGUAUUGGCACGACCCUCUGAAAGAGGAGGACUACAGGAAAAACAGCAUCUUUUUGGCUGACAUAAAUCAGGAGAGGGGCAUCAAUGAGACAUACAAGAAAAACCUGAUGGCUCUGAAAAAGUUUGUGAUGGUGAAAUUUCUCAAUGAUACCAUGGUCGACCCUCCGAUCUCUGAGUGGUUUGGGUUUUACAAAAGCGGCCAAGCCAAGGAAACCAUCCCGCUGAAGGAAACCUCGCUGUACACAGAGGAUCGCCUGGGACUGCAGGAGAUGGACAAAGCAGGAAAACUGGUGUUCCUGGGGGUGAAAGGGGAUCACCUGCACUUCACAGAAGAGUGGUUUUACACCACUCUCCUCCCCUUCCUCCAGUGACGCUAAGGGGAGAGAGCACUGUGAGAGCACU